AGCGGGCGCCGUCCCCGCCCGGCUCGGGCAGAUGGUGAGCGCGGCGCCGGCGGCUCGGCCCGCGGGUGGAAGGCGCUGAUGGGCGGACGGCGGCGGGCUCUGUAGACUGAGCUAUGGCAGCCCGGCCCAGUUUGUACAAUGAUGACAGAAACCUGCUUCGAAUUAGAGAGAAGGAAAGACGAAACCAGGAAGCUCACCAAGAAAAAGAGGCAUUUCCUGAAAAGAUCCCCCUCUUUGGAGAGCCCUACAAGACAGCAAAAGGUGAUGAGCUGUCUAGUCGAAUACAGAAUAUGUUGGGAAACUAUGAAGAAGUAAAAGAGUUCCUUAGUACCAAGCCCCACACUCACCACUUGGACACUUCUGAAAAUAGGUUGGGAAAGCCGAAAUAUCCUUUGAUUCCCGACAAGGGGAGCAGCAUUCCACCCACCGCCUUCCACACUAGUGUCCUCCACCCGUCCAUUCACACUCCUGCCUCUGGACCACUUCCUGUUGGCAACAUUAGCCACAAUCCAAAGAUGGCGCAGCCACGAAUGGAACCAAUGCCAAGUCUCCAUGCCAAAAACUAUGGCCCACCGGACAGCCAGCACCUGACUCAGGAUCGCCUUGGUCAGGAGGCGUACGGCUCUAAUCAUCACAAAAAGGGUGACCGCAGAGCUGACGGAGAUCACUGUGCUUCCGUGACAGGCUUGGCUCCGGAAAGGGGACUUUCUCCCUUGAUCUCCUCUUUGCCUUCCCCAAUACCCCCUUUGUCACCUGUACAUUCCAACCAGCAAACUCUUACCAGAACGCAGGGGAGCAGCAAGGUUCACAGCGGCAACAAUAACAGCAAAGGCUACUGCCCGGCCAAAUCUCCCAAGGACCUAGCAGUGAAGGUCCAUGAUAAAGAGGGCCCUGAGGACAGUUUGGUGGCAGUUGCCAGCCUUGGGGUCGCCCCUCCCCAGCCGCCUUCCCAGACGUUUCCACCGCCCUCCCUCCCCUCAAAAAGCGUUGCAAUGCAGCAGAAGCCCACGGCUUAUGUCCGGCCCAUGGACGGUCAAGAUCAGGCCCCUAGCGAGUCUCCUGAGCUGAAGCCACUGCCGGAGGACUACCGACAGCAGAGCUUCGAGAAAGCAGACUUGAAAGUGCCUGCCAAAGCCAAGCUCACCAAGCUGAAGAUGCCCACUCAGUCAGUCGAGCAGACCUACUCCAACGAAGUCCAUUGUGUGGAAGAGAUUCUGAAGGAAAUGACCCAUUCAUGGCCUCCUCCUUUGACAGCAAUACAUACGCCUAGCACAGCCGAGCCAUCCAAAUUUCCUUUCCCCACGAAGGAUUCUCAGCACAUCAGUUCUGCAACCCAAAACCAAAAACAAUAUGAUACAGCUUCCAAAACCCACCCCAAUUCUCAGCAAGGAACAUCCAUGCUCGAAGACGACCUUCAGCUUAGUGACAGCGAGGACAGUGACAGCGAACAGACCCCAGAGAAGCCUCCUUCCUCAUCUGCACCUCCAAGCGCUCCGCAGCCGCUCCCGGGGCCGGCGGCCUCAGCACAUUCCAGCAGCGCGGAGUCGGAGAGCACCAGCGACUCGGACACCUCCUCGGACUCGGACAGCGAGAGCAGCUCCAGUGACAGCGAGGAAAAUGAGCCCCUGGAAACGCCGGCUCCGGAGCCCGAGGCUCCAACGACAAACAAAUGGCAGCUGGACAACUGGCUGACCAAAGUCAGCCAGCCGGCCGUGGCCCCCGAGGGCCCGGCGAGCGCAGAGCCCCCGCGGCGGCGCCAGGAGAGCAAGGGCGGCGGCGACAGCGGCGCCGCGGGUCAGGAGCGCCCUGAAUCCAAAGAUCCCACCCCGAAAAGCUCCGGCAAAGCCCCCCGGGUCCCCUCCGAAGGCCCCCACCCGGGCAAGCGAAGCUGCCAGCGGUCCCCCGCGCGCCAGGAGCCCCCGCAGCGGCAGAGCGUGGGCGCCAAGCAGCCCCGGAAGCCCGGCAGGGCGCCCGCGCAGGCGGAGAGCGAGCCGGGGCCCCCUGGCGGCUGCACAGACCGGCCCCGGGCGAAGACGAAGGGCCGCCCCCGCGCGGGGACAGGCGGAGAGCCCGGGCCCGCGGCGCCCGCCUGCGGCGACAAGAAGAAGCACAAGAGCUCCCUCCCGGCGCCCCCCAAGGCGCUCCCCGGCCCCGAGGCCACGAAGGACGCCGGGCAGGACGGGAGCCCGGGGCAGCUCGCCCUCGUCCCCCUGACUCAGAGCCAGGCUGCGCCCCGCGGCGGCGGCGGCGGCAGGACUAGUGGCUGCCGCCAGGCCGUGGUCGUCCAGGAGGACGGCCGCAGGGACAAACUCCCGUUGCCUUCGAGAGACACCAGGUUGCUCUCGCCGCUCAGGGACACUCCGCCCCCGCCGAGCCUGAUGGUGAAGAUCACCCUCGACCUCCUCUCUCGGGUCCCCCAGCCACCCGGGAAGGGGAGCCGCCAGAAGAAACCGGAAGAUAAGCCGCCGCCCGCGGGCAAGAAGCACGAUUCCGAGAAGAGAAGCUCGGACAACUCGGGCAAGUUGGCCAAAAAGAGAAAGGGUGAAGCAGAAAGAGACUAUGAUAACAAAAAAGUCAGACUGGAAAAAGAAACCAAAUCACAGUCGUCUUCAUCCUCCUCCUCCUCCCACAAAGAAUCGUCUAAAACGAAGACGCCCCGGCCCUCCUCAGAGCCCUCAAAGAAGGAAAUGCUCCCGCCCCCACCUGUGUCGUCGUCCUCCUCCUCCUCCCAGAAGCCAGCCAAGCCUGCACAUAAGAGGUCAAGGCGGGAAGCAGAUGCCUGUGGCCAGGACCCUCCCAAAAGUGCCAGUAGUAGCAAGAGCAGCCAUAAAGACUCUUCCGCUCCCAAGCACAGAAGAGUCGAGGGGAAGGGCUCUGGAAGCUCCGCAGAACCCAGAGGAUCUUCCAGAGACGCUGCAAACCCUUUUCCAGUGCCUUCGUUGCCAAACGGUAACUCCAAACCAGGGAAGCCUCAAGUGAAGUCUGACAAGCAACAAGCAGAUUUUCACAUGAGGGAGGCAAAAAAGUUGAAGCAGAAAGCGGAGUCAAUGACCGACAAGGUGGGAAAGGCUUUUAAGUACUUGGAAGCCGUCUUGUCCUUCAUCGAGUGCGGGAUCGCCAUGGAGUCCGAAAGCCCCGCGUCCAAGUCGGCUUACUCCGUGUACGCGGACACCGUGGAUCUCAUUAAAUUCAUAAUGUCAUUAAAAUCCUUCUCCGACGCCACAUCAACACAAGAGAAAAUAUUUGCUGUUUUAUGCAUGCGUUGCCAGUCCAUUUUGAAUAUGGCGAUGUUUCGUUGUAAAAAAGACGUAGCAAUAAAGUAUUCUCGUACUCUCAACGAACACUUCGUGAGUUCUUCCAGAGUUGCCCAGGCACCUUCUCCGUGCAUCGCAAGAAGCACCGGCACACCCUCCCCUCGCUCCCCGAUGCCUUCUCCUGCCAGCUCCGUCGGGUCCCAGUCGAGCGCUGGCAGUGUGGGGAGCAGCGGGAUGGCUGCCACCGUCAGUACCCCAGUCACCAUCCAGAACAUGACAUCCUCCUAUGUCACCAUCACGUCCCAUGUCCUUACUGCCUUCGACCUUUGGGAACAGGCUGAGGUCCUUACCAGGAAGAAUAAAGAAUUCUUCGCUCAGCUCAGCACAAACGCGUGCACCUUGGCCCUCAACAGCAGCUUGGCGGACCUGGUGCACUACACGAGACAGGGUUUUCAGCAGCUCAAAUAAGUAACCAAAACACCUUCCUGGAGCCCCAAGUUGAUUCAAUGCUUUGGGAACUUUUUUUGCACAUUGGAAGCCUCAAAAGCAGCAGGACGUUUGUCUCAUCAGGAUGCCAAACUCUAGGAGAGAAGCACCGUGAGAUGGCCAGGACGUCUGUCCAUUUAAACUCCCAAGAGAACUGUGUGAUCAUCGGUUGGACGCUAUGGUUAUGCAGACGCGGAGAGGAGGAGGCCGGCCCCAGAGAUGAUCUUGCCUUUCCCAACUAAAGGACAAAGUGCAAUGUAGCCUAAAUGGGCGUAUGAAUGGUCUAGAAACAUUUCUCUCUCUCUUUUUUCUGGAAUGCAAGUUGAAAAUGAAACGAGGAGAAGCAAUUUCAACUCUGAAAAGCAAAUGCACGCCAUCUCAGUAGCCACGCUAGUCCAUUCCCAGAAGGAAAUUUUUUUAAACAAUGAUUUUGGGUGAAGGGUUUAGGGUUUUGUGGAUGAUUUUUUUUCUUUCAAGUUUUGGGGGAAAUGUUUGUUUAAUAAAUUCUAAUGGCCACCUGUAAACUGUAAGUUGUGAAGGACUCCACUGUACCCCACUUUCUGCCGAUGAACAGUGGCUUUGAUGAUA